AUGGAAGUAAUUUCAGAGCUAUUGGCUAGUACAGAGUUGUUUAGGAAUGCAAUAAUCUUCAAUGUGAACAUAAUAUUGAGAUUUAUCUCAUGGAUGUUUGGGCUUUUCUUCUUACCUGCAAGAGUUGUGAGUUCCAUUGAAAGGGAGAGGCGGCUCAAACGAAAACUACAUCGAAUGCAGACUGAGAUGGAGAGUCUCGAGUGGAAUCAGAAGAAACUUCAAGAACGGUUCCAAAUGGCUGUCAAAGAAUGCAAAAUGAUGGAGAUGUUACUGGCAGAGCUUGAUGAGGAACAUGAUUUGACCAUUGCCAAAAGUGAAAAGUUAGAGGGAAAGUUAAGGGAUCAAAUAAACGAAAAAAAUCGUCAGCUCAAAGAAAUUCAAGGAAAAGGAUACUGGAACUCGAAAAAUCAAAACAUUGAUAAUGAUCGAAAGGUUGAUGCUAGCAUUCCUCCUCCUUCACGGAAAUCCAGUUAA